GCACACAAAAAUAGCAAAGAGAAACAAAGAGCAGAAGAUAAAGCAAAAUAAAACAAUGGCAACCAUUAAUUCAACUGUCACGAUUCUCUCUCCCAAAUCGAUCCCAAAGAUCAUCAAUUCGAAACUCGGAGUUGGUGUUUCUGAUCAGACCACCGGUUUCUCUCCCAACGUCGUGAAAUGUGUCAGUUCCUCCUCUUGCCGGAGAUUAAAGUUAGCCAAGCUGGUCUCCGCGGCUGGGUUGUCGCAGAUCGAACCAGAUAUCAACGAAGAUCCCAUUGGUCAGUUCGAGCUUAACAGUAUUGAAAUGGAGGAUUUCAAGUAUGGGUAUUACGAUGGAGCUCAUACUUUCUACGAAGGAGAAGUUGAGAAAGGAACGUUUUGGGGAGCAAUUGCAGAUGAUAUUGCUGCUGUGGAUCCUCCAUCUGGGUUUCAAGGUUUAAUCUCUUGGUUGUUUCUUCCUGCUAUUGCUGCUGGGAUGUAUUUUGAUGCUCCGGGUGAGUACUUGUUCAUAGGUGCGGGUUUGUUUACCAUAGUGUUCUGUAUAAUAGAGAUGGAUAAACCAGACAUGCCCCACAACUUCGAACCUCAGAUUUACAAAAUGGAGAGAGGAGCUCGUGACAAGCUCAUUAAUGACUACAACACUAUGAGCAUUUGGGACUUUAAUGACAAGUAUGGUGAUAUCUGGGAUUUCACCGUCGAGAAGGAUGAUAUCGCCACAAGAUAAGAUGUUGAUUAUCACAAAAAAUGAUGAUGACAUUUGAUGAAAACUGUUUAGAAAUAAUGAAUGAAACGUGUUACCAUGUGUAUAAUGUAUUCUUUAUGUGCUUCACUAGUCUCUACAAACUUUCCUAGAAUGUUAUCUCUUGUAGUGUUAGGUUUAUGUUUCUUUGUUUAAAAAGUUCACUACAGUCUACAAGAUUCGCUUAA